AAAAAUAGGAGCGUUUUAAGAAUGGGAGCGUCAAAGACACACCUCGCUGGGGAUACCAUGUUAAAUGACACAUAUAAUGCUACAAACACGAUAGUUCCGAUGGGAAAUAUCACCACUCCCAAACGGAAAGAGGAACUCGUCCGAGUAGAAGUCGCCGUCCAGGCCGCAAUUUUUGCCUUGGCAAUACUCGGAAAUUGUUGUGUUCUUAUAGCUAUUGGUCGGCGACGUAAAAAGUCAACCCGGAUGCAUAUCUUUAUAAUGCAUUUAAGUAUAGCGGACUUACUAGUUGCUUUCUUUAACAUUCUUCCGCAACUGAUUUGGGACAUCACACAUAGAUGGUAUGGUGGUGACUUUCUCUGUCGAUUUAUCAAGUAUUCUCAGAUAUUUGUGAUGUAUCUGUCGACGUACAUUUUGGUGAUGACAGCUAUCGACAGGUACCGCGCGAUCUGCCAUCCCCUUAGCAACCAUACAUGGACGCCGAGACUUGUACACGUCAUGAUAGGGGGCGCUUAUGCCAUCGCCGCCAUUAUGAGUUUACCGCAAAUGAUAAUGUUUAAAUACCAGGAAACGAAGACCGGAUCAGGUGUGAUGGACUGUUGGGUACAUUUUGAUCCUCCAUGGACUCUUCAACUGUACAUAACGUCAUUUACGGUUUUCGUUUACGUCAUUCCAUUUGUCAUACUUGUAGUAUGUUACGGUUCCAUAUGUUAUACUGUCUGGCGUAAAUACCGACUUUCAAAGGAUUCCGGGAAAUAUAUAACACGUGACAACACUCAUGAACAAAUGCAGUCAGUUGCAUCACAGAAUGGUAAAAUAUCGAAUCACGUGACUCUUGUACCAAGAAACCAUUCCUUUAGAGGAUUUUCAAGGGCAAAGCUGAAAACUGUCAAACUCACAUUCGUCAUAAUUCUUGCCUAUAUUAUGUGUUGGUCCCCAUUUUUUGUCUCACAACUUUGGUGGUUAUACGACGAGUCAGCACCAUUAACAAAUAAUGCCCUAGUGAUAAUGUUGUUACUAGCCAGUCUGAACAGCUGCUGCAACCCGUGGAUAUAUUUAGCCUUUAGUGGGAACGUUCUACAGAGUCUGGCGCCUUGUAAGUGCUCCAAGAUGGAUGUUUCAGAAACUAAUGGCAACAAACUGUGUGUCUGUUCAUGCGCAGAUAAACAGAAGAAAAAACAGGGCCAUAAACAGAAGUGGACAUUUCGUAGUGCAUAUUCAUGCGAUUCAACACAAUCUAUCCGAUUUACAAAUUAUAAGAAAGAGGAAAAACGUUUAAAACAAGGAGAAACUGUAUGCAAUACGAACGCAGAUGACUAUAUUGAGUUAAAUGGCAUGCAUCUAAACACGUAAUCAUCAAAAGGCUUUUCACU